CAUGCCAGCGCAAUCGAGGCUAUGUAAAAUUCAGUAACUGAGCUUUGAAAACGUCCCGAAGAAAAUAGUUAGUUUACCCUGAGUUGUUCUAAAACCAAAGUGCGAAAUGAGUUCCGGAAAAAGAGAAUUUCAUCAAAAUGGUUUUAUUAAGAAUUACAUAAUAGAAGAACCACUUGGGUUCGAACCUGAUGAACGGGGUUUGGGAUAUUUAUAUUUUACAAGCAUGAAAAGACACAAGAAUAAGAUUGCGCAGUAUCUUGCAGACACAGAGGAAGAAGACACUUACGACGAUUUCUUAAGGAGGACAGUAAGAACAGCUUUGGAACUGAGAAAGAGAGACCUCAGUAAAGACGAUGUGGUUUGUCUUUGUAGUUACAAUCACAAGAACAGCGUCGUUCCGUUCGUAGCUUGCAAUUUUCUGGGUGUUCGAGUGGCGUCACUAGAUCCGCUUUUAUCCUUAAUGGAUACAGCACAUCUAGUUUCUGAAGUGAAACCAAAGAUCAUUUUCGUAGUUCCUGAGGCGCUGAAGCUUAUCGAAACGUCUUUAAAAAAAACAGGUUUAAAUAUUGAAAUCGUCUUAUUCGACGAACUGGGAACCUCAGAUAAGCACACCAACUUUUCAGAAUUUUUGCAGUUUCAAGAAGAAGAAGAAACGUUUAUUCCUGAAUCUGUUUCGAGUCUACGAGAAACCGCAGUGAUUUUCUUCAGUAGCGGCACCACAGGGUUCCCAAAGGGCAUAGAAACCAACCACUAUGCUCUCAUAUGUCAGUCUAUCAACUACAUUCAGUCUGGAAACUUAGGAAACGUUGCUCUCAGCUACACUUCUCUGUAUUGGAUCUCAAGCGUACUCUUUACUACAGCUACAAUAUUUACUGGUAGUGCUAGGGUUGUAUGUCCCGCGUUCAAUCCAAAGCAGUUUUGGCAACUUGUAGAAAAAUACAAAGUAACCAAUAUGGCUGGUGCGCCAUCCCAAGCCGUCGACAUUAUUAAAGCGGGUCGACCUGACGGUCUUGACACCACCAGCUUCGUAAGUUGCAUGAUUGGAGGCGCCACUAUGUCCAAAAAGUUCACCUUGGAGCUUCGGGAUCUACUACCAGGGACCUUCGUCGCUAUGGCCUAUGGACAGACAGAAGUGGCAGGUCUAGUCACCACUUUCCAGAUCAAGCAUGUGAAAGACGCUCUAGCGCUGCAUUACAAACCGGAAUCUGUAGGGAGGCUUGUGCCUGGGAUGAAGUGUAAGGUUGUAGACUUCGAAACGGAAAAGUUAUGUGGUCCCAACGAAAGUGGGGAGCUGAUGCUGAAAACUCCAAUGGUUAUGAAUGGGUAUUACGGUAGGGACUCCUCCGAAUCCUUCGAUGCCGAUGGCUGGUUGAAGACGGGAGAUGUGGUGUAUUACGACGAGGAAAAGUUCUUCUACAUCGUGGACCGCAUCAAGGAAAUGCUGAAGUACAGGUCCUGGCACGUCGCGCCUGCAGUGGUCGAAAAGAUAGUCCUGGAACAUCCAGCCGUUCAGCGAGUAGUGGUGAUCGGAAUCCCCCACGAGGAAGAUGGGGACCACCCCAUGGCGGUGGUUGUCCUGAAUCCCGAAUAUGCGGAGUCGAUCACAGAAGAAGACAUCCAGGGGUUUGUUGCUGAGAAGGCACCGGAUCGCAUGAGACUCAGAGGUGGGGUCAAGUUCGUUUCGAGCAUCCCCAUCACACCCUCAGGGAAGAUGAAGAGGAAACAUAUCCGCGAUAUGGUAAUGAACGGGUCAAUUUGAAUCGAACCGAGCUGUGUUUUACGUAGUAUUCGUAUUUUGUAGUGUAUUAAGUUUAGG